AUGAAUAAUUCAACAUUCUUCAAUGAUUCGUUCGUACCACAAACAGGAGAAUGGGCAACUGUUCAAUUAAUUAAUCGAAUUAUUUAUCGUGGUUAUUUUCUAUUUCUUAUAGUGGCCGGUACAUGUGGAAAUCUUUUAACUGCAAUAACACUUUUUCGAGCGAAAUUACGUAAAUAUACAACAUGUCAAUAUAUGGCUGUUUGUGCAUUAUUAAAUAUAGGUGUUUUAUUAACAAAUACACUUAAUCUUAUGUUAACACAAGGUUAUCAUAUUCAUAUACGUAGUCUAUUUGAUUUUGGUUGGUGUCGAAUGAAUACAUUUGUUGCUCAAUGGAUACGUGGCAUGGCAUCAUGGAUACUUGUUGCAGUUGCAUUUGAUCGUUUUCAACAAUCAAAAACAGUUCGACGUACACAGAGAAAAGAUGAUUAUACAGUUAUAUUUACAAUGCUUAUUACUGGUCUUGUUCUUUUUAUAUUAAAUCUACAUUAUCUAUUAUUUACUGGCAACACAGUUACUCUACCAGAGCAUAAUACAACAUUUUUAGCUUGCUUUUUCGAUAAAAAUAGUGGAAAUGGUAUUCAAAACUUUUUUGGAAAAACUAGUAUUUGGCAAGAACUUGUCGUGUAUAUUAUUGUACCAUGUAUAUUUACAUCAAUUUUUAAUAUAUAUAUUAUAAAAAAUUCCUUUUUAAAUCCAAUAAACAAUGAACAUCUUAAAUCUCGUUCCAAAAGUCGUACAAGACGUGUAACAACAAUGUUACUUGCAUCGAAUAUUGGAUUUUUAUCACUUGUUGCUCCUGCACAAGUUUUUAUUGCAGUAGCAUUUGAUGCUCAACGUGGUAUGCAAUCUGAUGAAAAUUUUAAAUCAUUACUAAAUCAAAUAAAUAUUUAUCAAUGUUUAAUAAAUACAUAUUAUGCUGCAUCGUUUGUUUUUUGUUUUGCAUCAUCAUCAUUAUUUCGUCGUGAAAUCGAUAAACUUUUAAAUAGACAUUAUAAACCAAAACAUUCACUUAUUGGUACAACAAGUGAAGCAUUUGCUCAUUAUGAAAAUCGUCCAUUUUUACAACAAGCAAGACUUAGUGGAGCAUAUUGCUCAAAUAGUAGUCCAAAUAAUGAACAUAUGUCUGAACGAAAAAUUCAAAAAAGAUCAACUGAAUCAACGAUUGAAACAGAUGGAUUUAUAUAA